AAGAAAGGAGGCGACCAGAGAGAGAUGGGAUUCCCUCGACGGUCGGAAAUCGGCAGGGAUCCAAGGAUGUGCUCAGUAAUUAAUCCCUUUCGACCAUCCCUUCUCGCCAUCGCCAGUUUCGGGGGAUUUUCGAAAAGACAUCGUACUUUCAAACAUCGUACCGGCCUCCGGGGUUGAAUCGCUCGUUGACUUUUUUUUUUUUUUUUUUUUUCGCAAGACCAAAGACUACCGCUCGCUCAUUGUAGCUCGUUUCAAUCCUUUCAGCUUUUUACCCAAGCCGCACCUAGCUUGUCUCUGACUUGUCUACGUCUCCCGCCUCUUGGUUUCUUAAGAACCCUUUGCAGAUGUUUGAGCUGCAAAAAAAUCUGGUUUCAGUCAUUAUCGUCAUCAUUGAGCUAUUCAGGUUCAACGUCUCCAAGGGUUGAAACAUAUCCCAUUUGCAACCAACUACCGCCCACUGCCGGUACUAUUCCAAGACCCCAGUGCUGGUGUCCAACUUUUCCAAGUGUCCCGGCUGGUUGCCCUUGAGACGAGCGACCAAAUUAUCUGGGGUGCACCCCGCGACUCAACACGCAAGCACGGAAAAAAACAUUCAAUGAUUCUAGACCCAGAAUCUUGUGUCAAGAUCGAUUAAUUUUGCGCACGACGGUCAAGGAACCAAACGAUAUAUGGUUCUCAGAGACUAAAAAAGAGACAAUUUCUUGAAUAACAUACCGGCGUCAGAACCGUCAUCGGCCGUGCGCAAGUUUGGCUGUUGAAACUCCAGGCAAAUCAAGGCACAAAUCGUCUGUAAAAUUGGCGUUGCGGCUGCCGGCCGUUCGUCGCCCAAGGAACCGCCCCCGCCGUAGUGCAGGAGGUCCCACAUCACAAUAAUACCAAUACCGUCAGCGCGUGUAAGCGUGGCCGGUGCUGGCUGCUAAUUUCACAGGGUAAGUUCAGUUCAUCUCAAUUUCCAUCCGAACGCUCCACACCUUUGGAAAACAAUCCUCCUCUCCCAAUUCACCAAAACCCAUCGCGACGACGAGCCUGCGACAACGGACGAAAUACCCUUUAUAUAGGGGCGUUUUGGUCUUGACCAACGAGUUGUAUGAUCACAAAAGGUGCAAACACUGUGUUUUUGCAUGAUCAAUAUCUCUGAUUCACCUACCCUUCGGCUUGUUUACAUACAGCCUUGGCCUCUGCUCCGCUAGGGAGAAUGUCUCUUCCCGAGAGACCGGGGGCAAAGGCCUCUUAUGAGCAGAGGAACUCGUACAGAAAAUCACCCUCGAGGCGUAAUCGGCCGAAUGACAUAGAAGCUAGUGGCUACUACCCUGUCACGGGUGGACAACAUCAACGUGGGCCUUCAGUGAACUCGUUCGCGGAAACUAUCAGAUCACCUAACUCGAACAUAGAGAGUGCCCCCUUGUCCCCGUCCGCCGAGCAGAUCGAGCACGGCUCCGACCAGCCAUUCCAGAGGAAGAGAAGCCUUAUCAGGCCAGAGAGGAACAGGAUCGACAGGGACCACCCGAACUAUCACUACCGCAAGCAUGCCGCUAAGAUGAACACUCUACCCUCGUCGACAGGCAACGAUCCUGUCCUGGAGGAUGUUUCCGGUGCCACCGAAUCUGGACCGCCGUCAGGCUCUAACUCGGCUUCCGGCUCAGGUGUUCGUGAGGAGAACAUCCCACGUAAGUCUAGGAAAGCCUCUGGCCGUGAAACAGUAGCCGAGAAGUCGGAUAAUACCCGGCGUAGGGUGUCGACAAGGAACAGCAAAAUUGUGAAGGAGGGAAAGCGUAAGGAGAAGAUCCCCGAGCAACUACGACCGCCCAGCGCUUGGAACGUUUACUGCGCCGUUAUUACGUUCUGGUCCCCCGACUUCAUCAUGAAGUGUUGCGGGAUGCCCGCAAAGGCCCAGAGGAGAGCAUGGCGCGAAAAGAUUGGUCUCAUCAGUCUUAUCUUGAUAAUCAUGGGCGUUGUCGGCUUCUUAACUUUUGGCUUUAACCAGGCCGUUUGUGGUGGCCCAGUCCUGCGCCUGCACAUAAACUCCGUCGAUCGCAGCUACAUGAUUUUCCACGGUACAGCUUACAACCUCGAUGGAUCCCACCACCCGGUCGCCGAGGGAAUCCCCAAGCGCCUGGACGGCACUGGUGCAAAUGUGGUUUAUGAUCUCCCAGAAGGAUACGGUGGUACAGAUGGCAGUUUCAUGUUCCAGAACGUGAACGGUAAAUGCAAGGGUCUCAUCACGAAAGCUCCAAACUCGGACGUGCCAUCGGAAGGCGACAACCUGGCUUGGUACUUUCCGUGCCACGCCCGAAAUCAGGACGGAUCUUCUCAACCCAACAUGACGUAUCCGUACUACUUUGGCUACGCAUGUCACACGACGCCGUUAGCUCGAUCGACGUUCUACACCCAGCUGGACAAGAGCGCGGAUGUUUACUUUACAUGGGCCGAUAUUCGCAACAACAGCCGUAAUCUGUUCGUUUACUCUGGCAAUGUUCUCGAUCUUGACCUUCUCUUCUGGUUCAACAGGGACCAGGUUAAUAUCCCCCGUCGCUUUGAAGAGCUACGCGACAAGAACAACGCAGCCAACCGUGCCAUUCGGGGCCGCGAUGCCACUCGCACGUUCAUGGCCUCUGGAGACAGACAAAUCGCUGAAUGCUUCGAGGAUAUCAUCAAGGUUGGCACUGUAGACACCGAUACCGUUGGCUGCAUUGCUGCCAAGGUGGUGCUCUACGUUUCCCUGGCGCUGAUUCUGUCAGUCGUGGGGGCACGUUUUACUCUUGCUCUGAUCUUCCAGUGGUUUAUCAGCAAGAACUACGCUGCGGACAAGACCUCUCAGACCUCGGACAAGCGCAAGCGCAACAAGCAGAUUGAGGACUGGAGCGAGGACAUCUACCGCGCACCUCCACGAAUGCCUGGCGACGUCGGUAGCAGCGUGGCAGGCGCUAGCAGCUCGGACCACACCAGCAAACGCAGCUCUUUCUUGCCGACCACUUCUCGCUUCUCCACUGUCUAUGGCGCUGAGCGGAGUGCCCGUAACAAGUCGAUGCCGACCACCAUGGCAAGCCAGGCCUCAGGUGGUUACAUGGGCCCCAGCUCCACAGCCUACCGCGAGACCAACGAGAGUCGCACAAGCUUCCUCAAGAGCGAUCCCUAUGCCACUAAUACCGCUCCUAUCGAAGGUCCGGGCCCCUCCGGGUUCAUCCACGACUCUGUUGUGCCGCAGCCGCCCUCUGACUGGAUGCCCUUUGGUUUCCCUCUCGCCCACACCAUCUGUCUCGUCACCGCCUACUCUGAAGGUGAACUCGGCCUUCGCACCACCCUCGACUCGGUUGCUAUGACCGAUUAUCCCAACAGCCACAAGGUUAUUCUCGUUAUUUGCGAUGGUAUCAUCAAGGGCAAGGGGGAGUCCAAGUCUACACCCGAAUAUGUACUCGACAUGAUGAAAGAUCACACCAUUCCGGUCGAAGACGUCGAGGCCUUCUCCUAUGUGGCGGUGGCCAGCGGCUCCAAGCGGCACAACAUGGCAAAGAUUUAUGCUGGCUUCUACGACUAUGGUACCCAGUCCAACAUCCCCUUGGAUAAGCAGCAGCGUGUGCCGAUGAUGGUUGUGGUCAAAUGUGGCACUCCCGACGAGAUGGUCAAGUCAAAGCCUGGCAACCGUGGCAAACGAGACAGUCAGAUCAUCCUGAUGUCGUUCUUGCAGAAGGUUAUGUUCGACGAGCGCAUGACUGAGCUCGAGUACGAGAUGUUCAACGGCUUGUGGAAAGUAACGGGUAUUUCUCCAGACUUUUACGAGAUCGUGUUGAUGGUGGAUGCCGAUACAAAGGUAUUCCCCGACAGUCUCACCCACAUGAUCUCGGCCAUGGUGAAGGACCCUGAGAUCAUGGGGCUUUGUGGCGAGACCAAGAUUGCAAACAAGCGAGACAGUUGGGUUUCUGCCAUUCAGGUCUUCGAGUACUUCAUCUCCCAUCAUCUUGCCAAGUCGUUCGAGUCUGUGUUUGGUGGUGUUACUUGCUUGCCUGGUUGCUUCUGCAUGUACCGAAUCAAAGCCCCCAAGGGGGCUCAAAACUACUGGGUCCCCAUUCUUGCCAACCCGGACGUGGUGGAGCACUACUCUGAAAACGUCGUCGACACGCUGCACAAGAAAAACCUGCUACUCCUUGGAGAGGACCGCUACUUGACUACUCUCAUGCUACGGACCUUCCCGAAGCGCAAGCAAGUCUUCGUCCCGCAGGCUGUCUGCAAGACGACGGUUCCCGACUCUUUCAUGGUACUUCUGUCUCAGCGUCGUCGCUGGAUCAACUCGACUAUUCACAACCUGAUGGAGCUUGUCCUGGUCCGCGAUCUUUGUGGCACAUUUUGUUUCAGCAUGCAAUUUGUUAUUUUCAUCGAGCUGAUAGGAACUCUUGUCCUGCCCGCCGCUAUUGCGUUCACAUUCUACGUCGUCAUCAUAUCAAUUAUCAACCAGCCGCCUCAAAUCAUCCCCCUCGUCCUGCUGGGCUUGAUCCUAGGUCUGCCGGCAAUACUCAUUAUUAUAACGGCACACUCAUGGUCGUACGUCCUCUGGAUGCUCAUCUACCUCCUGUCUCUACCUGUGUGGAACUUUGUCCUCCCGGCGUACGCAUUCUGGAAGUUUGACGACUUCUCGUGGGGCGACACACGCAAGACGGCGGGUGAGAAGACAAAGAAGGCCGGUAUCGAGUAUGAGGGCGAGUUCGACAGCAGCAAGAUCACUAUGAAGCGCUGGGCCGAGUUCGAGCGCGACCGCAGGGCGCGGCAGAGCCAGUACUGGGGCUCGAGGGAAAAUGUAACGGGCGGUGUACGAACGGCGAGUGGAGUUUGGGCAAGCGCGCCACCGCACCAUCACCAGCAGCAGUACGACGAGUACUACUCUGACGCUUGAUAGAAUAAAAUUCUUAUGAGUAUGGAUUUAAUUUUGGACUCUUCUGUGCUGUUCCGGCCUGCAGGAAGAGAUCGUGGGGAGCGGUUAUUACUUAUCAUUCACUUAUAAUCAUGGCCAGCAUUUGUGUAUUCAAAUAUUAUUGUCGAGAGUUUCAGGCGAAGGCCUUUGCCAAGGAAUUAUUAUGUGCUUCUACGUUGCCCUCCAUUGUCAACAAGCUCAAGGGACGACUCUGUUUUGUUACUGUUGUGUGUUUUUAUAAUACAGUGUUCUUUCCUCUUUUCCCCCGCUGAACCUAUGUGAUUGUCGUUGACGGGCUUCGUCUACUAUAUCCGUCAUCACCUCUUACCCUGACAUUAGAAUUCGUGCACAUCGAUUGUACAUCGUUUGUUAUGAGUUUUGAG